AUGAAUAGAACUAAAAAAAUUAGUAUAGUCUUACCUUCAGUAUUGUAUAAACAGGCUAGCGAGCUGAUAGAAAUCAUAGAAAGAGACCGUAAUAACCGUCUUGAGAAAAAAUUUAUCUCAGACCCUUGAAGAGAUCUUCAUCCAAGCUCUAGCGAACUUCAUAGUAAAGAUAAAAGUGAUAUUUCUGAUAGGAAUCCGUUUAUCCCAGAAGCAUUUCAUUUAUUAAAUUAUUAUUAAGAAGCUAUCGCAAGCUUGAAAAAGCUGUUCACAUCACUUGCUUCGCACCCACCAACUUGCUCGCCAGUCUGAUUCCAAAGCCUAAAGCAAUGUUGCACUUGCUAAUCGGAGGUAGAGACGCUGGGUCACUGUGCUGAGCAUAGACAAGGCUGUGUUUUUCCCGAAAAUUCGAAAAGCUAAUUUUCUGGUCAGGCUAUCGGCCCGGAUGAGACUUGUAACCCAGGGGCCCCCAACUCCCCGGCAUAGUGCUGAGAAAAUGCUCGAUUGGCCAAGUGAACGCCCUCUGGCCUUGCUGGGCUAUUCCUUUCCAAAUUCCAUCCUCCUCAGGGUAAGCCUUGCCCUGGAUGUGAGCCUGCGAUCGGCCCGACAUUACACUCCACCAAACUAAGUAAAGCCUACCAAACGCUGCUCUCCCUUCCACAAUGUUCUAGACACUCAUCCAGCUACAGUUGUUAAGAGGGCAGGCUGAUUCACCAUUCUAUUUUUAUUUAUGUUAAUCCCAGAAGCACUUAACGAAGCUGUUCUUGAUCCUGACGAUCUAAGGGGAAAUAAAUGCAAAAUUAUGUUUUACAGGAUAUUCUGCUGCUGAAAACAAAAGAUGGAAAUUUUACCUCUCGCAGGAGAUACAAAAUCAGAAGAGAAAUAAUAUAGGCUUCAUAAAAAUUAAAAUGUCGGCUCUUAGAAUGUAUUUACAAUUUUAUAUAGGAAUAAUGUAAUAAUAAAAAAAUUAAACGCAGAUAUUUUUUGACAUAAGUA